AUGUGCCAAGACUACGUUUAUGACAAAGAUAUGGAACAGAUUGCCAAGAGGAACAACGGAAAGCCUGGAAAAUGCAAGGUAUGGAACAGCCAACCAGAGUGUGAGGUGGUUACAGGCAUCCAACCGCACAGGAGGUCUCUGUGUUCCUUCAAAUCAGGCAUCGGGGAGAAAUAUUCAACAUGGGAGCCGACCAAGAGAGAGCUGGAGCUGCUCCGCUACAACCCCAAGAGGAGAAUCACCUCCAACUGUACCAUCGGCCUGCGCGGUCUGAUCAACCUGGGGAACACGUGCUUCAUGAACUGCAUUGUGCAGGCGCUGACGCACACGCCGCUGCUGCGUGACUUCUUCCUGUCGGACCGACACAAAUGCGAGAUGCAGAGCAACUCCUGCCUGGUGUGCGAGAUGUCGCAGCUCUUCCAGGAGUUCUACUCAGGCCAUCGGUCGCCCCACGUCCCGUUCCGUCUGCUCCACCUGGUGUGGACUCAUGCCCGUCACCUGGCCGGUUACGAGCAGCAGGAUGCCCACGAGUUCCUCAUCGCAGCGCUGGACGUCCUGCACAGACACUGCAAAGACGACAACGGAAAGAAGGCCAACAACCCGAACCACUGUAACUGCAUCAUUGACCAAAUCUUCACAGGAGGCCUGCAGUCUGAUGUCACCUGUCAAGUUUGUCUUGGCGUUUCAACAACCAUAGACCCGUUCUGGGACAUCAGCCUGGACCUGCCGGGCUCGUCCACCCCAUUCUGGCCCCUCAGUCCUGGAGGAGACGGAUCAGCACUUAACGGCGAGAGCCACAACAGUGGCGCCACAACACUCACAGACUGUCUGCGCAGGUUCACCAGACCAGAGCACCUUGGCAGCAGUGCAAAAAUCAAGUGUAGUGGUUGCCAUAGUUACCAGGAGUCCACCAAGCAGCUGACCAUGAAGAAGCUGCCCAUCGUGGCGUGCUUUCACCUCAAACGGUUUGAACACUCUGCCAAACUACGGCGGAAGAUCACAACCUACGUCUCGUUUCCUCUGGAGCUGGAUAUGACCCCCUUCAUGGCCUCCAGUAAAGAGAGCAGGAUGAACGGUCAGUACCAACAGACUCUGGACCCCUUCAACAAUGACAACAAGUAUAGUCUGUUUGCAGUGGUGAACCACCAGGGGACGCUAGAGAGCGGCCAUUACACCACCUUUAUCCGCCAGCACAAAGACCAGUGGUUCAAAUGUGAUGACGCAAUUAUCACCAAGGCGAGCAUCAAGGACGUCCUCGACAGUGAAGGGUACCUUUUGUUUUAUCACAAACAGUUCCUGGAGUACGAGUAGGUUCCUCGUGUGUGCACGGGAUCGGUCACAUGACGGAAAGGUAACGGACCGACUGAGAGGCAACGACACAGAAACACAGUCCUACCUGAACUCUGUAAGUGUGAAUGCUUGUCGCAACCAAAAUGCAACAUUGUAAUCUUCAUCCAGCAUUCAUUGUGGAAGAAAGAAGCGACCGCUCUGAAGGAAUAAUGUUCUUGGAUCAACUCCCCAAAUCACUGGAAUUCAUGUGAAUGAGAC